ACAAGCCGGCCGGCAAUUCCAUUGGGACUUAUUCAUUCGAAAUUAGAAUACGGUUGACCGCGCGCGCUUUCCGCGCCUUUUUUAACGGCUACGAUUCGAAACAAAAAAAAUAUGAUUUCAAUUUAUAUUUAAACUCUUUUAAAUUGUGAUAAAUUCACUUAUAGGUUUUAAAAUUAUUUUUUAACUGGCCGUUUAAUUUUUUUUUAAUUUAUCCAAAAUGCUUAAAUACACAGUAAAAAAGUAUUGCUCGGAGGGAAGUAAAUUUCAUCAAAUUGUUAUGGUGGUUCUAAUGGUGUUACCAGUUUUCUCCUAUGGCACAGCGAUCGGAUGGCUCUCUCCGAUGGGUCCUAAGCUCAUGUCCGAGGACACUCCGGCGGCUGAACCAGUACAUCAGGAUGUGAUAUCUUGGAUGGCUUCAGUUCCUUACCUGGUUGGAACACCGGCUGUCUUUUUGUUCGGAUUUAUUGUAGAUAAUUUUGGAAGGAAGAAAGCUUUGAUGCUUACAUCUUUGUCUAUGGCGGCGUGUUGGUCUUUGAAGAUCUAUUCUACUUCAACAUGGGCGUUAAUAUUAGCUCGUGCGAUAGUCGGGUUCGGCGUGAGCGGAUCGUAUGUGGUCACUCCCUUAUAUAUCAAGGAGGUCAGCGAGGAUUCCAUCAGGGGCACCCUUGGGAGCCUGGUCAUCUUGUCCCAGAACCUUGGCAACCUGCUGGUCUACAUCGCUGGAGAAUAUCUCUGCUAUAAUACUACGCUGUGGAUAUGUCUCUCCGUGCCCUUGAUACAUUUGCUUCUCUUCAUCACAAUGCCUGAAACACCAUCUUACCUCCUUAAAAGUGGAAAAGUUGAUGAGGCUCGCGGGGCAUUGGCGUGGCUACGUUGCCGGCAGCCGGGUGAUGCAGCGGUGGACUCCGAAUUACAGGCCUUACUGCUAGAAAUGGAGCAGGACAAUUCUGUAAAAUUCUUCGAGGUCCUCAAAGUUCUGAUAUCCGAUCGGAACACAUUCCGUGCUUUCCGUAUCACGCUGACGAUAACGCUGGCUCGGGAGUUGUGCGGCUGUCUGGCUGUACUGCAUUUCGCGUCUCUAAUCUUCAACCAGGCGAGCGGCAGCUGGGUCCUCAACGCCAACCAGCAAGCGACUCUACUCGGUGUGGUGCAACUCAUUGGCUCCUGUACCGCCUCUACUUUGGUCGAGAGGACUGGCAGAAAGCCACUGUUAGGGACGACGUGCUUGGUAUCCGGCGUGUCUCUCGCAGUUCUGGCGGGAUGGUUCGCGGUGCGGGCGGGCGGAGCGGCAGUGCCUGUCACGGCGUUAUGUCUCUGCAUCUAUUGCGACGCGGCCGGCCUACAGCCUGUACCCUUCGUUAUCAUGACUGAGAUGUUCUCAUUCCAGUUUCGUGGAACCGUGACUUCAAUAGUGAUCGCGUUCGCGUGUGCUUUGGUCUCCAUCGAGCUGAGGGUCUUCCAACCUCUCGCCGUCUCUAUCGGUCUGCAUUUUGUUUUCGGCUGCUUCGCGAUGGUCUGCCUCAUCAGCACUGUGUACAUCGUCUUCUGUGUCCCGGAGACCAAGAUGAGGACGACGGAGGAGAUAUACGCAGAAUUCAUGGGAAAAGGCAAAGAGAAGACCAGGGAUUGUGAGGCCUCUGUGACUAGAUUGUAGAUUUCAUUUACUAACCAUCUUGCGUUCUUUUAAGCUUGAAUCUUUGUUUUAUUGAGAACAAUGGGUGAAAGGACA